AGUGCAGCGAUCGUGCGGGUGGACGACAGUGGCACGAUGUUCGCCAACAAACAGUCGGUUCUCGCGGUGAUCGCGCUGGCGGCAAGUGCGUGCGCGCUACCUCAACCCGGCGCCAAUGACAUACCGGAUUUAAAACAAAAAUCUGCGCUGGUAACAACUGAAAUUACAAAGACACAGUCUGAUGUGAAAGCAGUACACGAAAGGUUUCCACAUGCCGUUCUUUUCGGUGGUACCUGUGGAGGUUCCAUUAUUAGCCCGAAAUGGAUCCUCACUGCGGGACACUGCACACUGUUCACGAACGGUCAUUACGUAUUGGCCGGUACUAACAAAUCAGACGACCAAAGCGGCAUUAUUCGCUACGUGAAACGAAUGGUCAUCCACCCGCUCUUCUCUGUUGGACCAUACUGGCUUGACGUAGAAGAUUUUAAUCUUAAACAGGUAGCAGCUAGGUGGGACUUUUUACUGGUCGAAUUGGAGGAGCCCUUACCCGUGGACGGCAAAACGAUAAAAGUUGCAACACUCGAUGAUCAGCCAAAUCUACCAAUCGGAGUCGACGUCGGAUAUGCUGGCUACGGAACUGACGAGCAUGGGGGCGUGAUGCGUAAAGAUAUGCACGCCAUGGAGCUAUCAACGCAGUCCGACGAAGUAUGUUCUAAAUUAGAGCAAUACAACUCUCUGGAUAUGAUCUGCGCUAAAGGUCGCCCCCCACGGUUCGACUCUGCUUGCAAUGGUGAUAGUGGCAGCGGGCUCGUGGACGGCGAGGGGCGGCUGGUGGGGGUGGCGUCGUGGGUGGAAAAUGACGCUUUUGAGUGCCGCAACGGAAACCUUGUCGUCUUCUCCAGGGUCUCCAGAGCGAGGGACUGGAUCCGAGAGGUCACCGAGAUUUAAAUUCUUUACACAUCCAACUAAAGAUAGCAUCAACGUCGUUAAGAAUUUAAAAAACUUAAAACUUGUAGUAAACGAAAUAAACAUUUGUUUGCUGGUAGCUUUUGUUAUGUUUGAGAUAUCGAAACAGAAUUGAGUGGGAAAGUUGACGUUGUAGCUUUAGAUAUAUAAUUUUUACUACCCAAUUGUUAGCUCUUGCUAGUCAUGAUAUUUAUUUUCGGACAUGUUUUCGUUUUUUGAAUUCUAAUAUUAAAUUUAGUUAUUUAAGAAAUUGAUUAAAGUACAAAUGCAAGACAAUAAAUAUUGUAGUUAAGUCAAAGGUAGCAAAUGAUUUUAUCUAAUCUGUUAUAUUUAUUAUAAAAAAAAGAACACAAUAUUCCUAACCUAAAAGUACAUGUUAUUAUCCGAUCUGUUAUAUUUAUGAACAACAUGUGAAUCUUGUUUUGAAAUUAAAUCGUUUUUUUAAAUAUCUAUUUGUAUUCGUUAAAACCCAAAUCCAGUUUGAUUCAAUUUUAUAAAUGCAUAGUCAAUAAAACAAGUUAUAUGUUCCUGAAAAUUUAAUGACUUUAAUACAAGAAUAACUAAAUUAAAACAGCAAGAUAGAAGAAAAAUUAUUCAUCAUUAACAUUAUCUGAUUAUGUUCGAAAGCGAAGACCAAAAUUAAUCAAUGACCUAACAAAAUAUACAACAAAAGUCAUUAAAUAAUUAAGUUCAACCAAUCAGUUAGUCUACCGUGGGCACGAGACCGAAGCGAUACGAUAACUAUGUCGGUUCCAACUUCACCACUAAAAUGAACAACAUUACAUACAACUUACAAUUUUGAAUAAUAUUGUGAUUAAAAGAAAAAAAAA